AUAAAAUGGCGGAGUCUCCCAAACCUCUUGCAGCGGGCAUGAGGAAGUCCUGGCAUGAGGACAUCACCCAGGACCUGCGCAACCACCUCGUCCAUAAGCUUGUGCAGGCCAUCUUCCCCACCCCGGACCCGGCUGCGCAGAAGGACCGGCGCAUGGAGAACCUGGUGGCCUACGCCAGGAAGGUGGAGGGGGACAUGUACGAGUCAGCCAACAGCAGGGAUGAGUACUACCACCUGUUAGCCGAGAAGAUCUAUAAGAUCCAGAAGGAGCUGGAGGAGAAGAGGAGGACUCGGCUGCAGAAGCAGGACAUGAGUUGAUCAGACGCCACUUAUAUGUUUGAUAAUUUCCUGAUAAUUAUCCAUUAGUGUUUUUUCUGCACAAAUCAAUCAUUCAUUUGAACACUAUUCUCAUCCCUCAUAUUGUUCAUAUGACUCAUCAUGGACAUGCUCUCAGUUUGGAACAAAUUAUUUGUGAUGCACUUGUUUUUUGUCAACGGGAGUUCUCCACAUAACAUUACUGACGCUGAGCAUAUUUCCAAGGCCGGGCUUGGGCCGGGUCUGUCGUACUGUUAGAAAUGUGACUCUUGUUCUGACUCUUGCACUGAAAUGUUUUCUGAAUAGUUUUGUACUGUUUCCCAAUCACUGACCCACAAGACACAUCAAAAAAGAAUUCCAUAGAAUUGCAGUUGCCAGUUUAAGCAUUCAUUUAUUUAUGUAGUAUUGAUUUGAGACUUGAUGCACUAAUCAGUUAAUUUGAUAUAUUUUAGGAUUUCCAGGUGUGAUUGGCUACAUAGAUGGCACUUAAAUUCCUAUCACAGCUCCAUCAGUAAAUUAAGGAGAUUAUGUGAAUAGGAAGUGUUGGGAUGAUGUCAUGAUGGCUGGAAAGAUGGACAACAUUUUAAAAGGGUUGACUUGGUUUAUUAGAGUGAGCUUGGAUCAUUUAAACCAGUCCAGGCAAAGUGGUCACAUGAGUGAGGCCAUGAGUUACAGAAGGCCUUAUAUACAAUGCAGUAUAGUGGGUCAAAUAUAGUUUCUAUAUACAUUUUCCUUACAGGGCACAGCAUGUGGUCAGCAUAUUUGUAUUCUUGACAGGUCUUGCCCAAUACUCUCUGGCUCCUGCCUGUCUCUAGCAAGAGGCCCUGACCAGUAAAUGUAGCACCUAAAUAGUAGCAUUAGCAUUCUAAAUGAAAGAUACUUCACAAUACAGCAACUGCAGCUUCAUACUCCAACCCACAUCAUCAGCAACGUGGAAGUGUCCUGGGUCUGUGAAUGAUUCGCAAAUAUUUUGUGAGUGUACACUGACCGCUAGAUUUGCUCUUGGUGAAUUUCUAUAUAUAUAUCCUAUUAUAAUGUAUAUUUUGUUUCCUCCUAUUGCAACUGAAAAUGCAAACUGUAUCCUCGUAUUAUCAUGGGAGAUUUUGAUGGUUACCUGCUUGGUGACAGAGGGUACUGUGGAGGAUUUCCUGUGUACUUACGUUAUUCACCAAUCAAUAGAACUUUCCCUAAUCAAUAGAACUAGUCAUUGGAUACUAGUUAAUAUGUUUGCUACUAACAAGUGUAGAUUGUGUCUAUGUGUCAGGUUGAAUAGAUGUUCGGCGUCAGGAGAAAGUACUGGGUAAACGUCCCUUGUGAUGACUACAAGGAGAGCUCCAACUAUGAUCCCUCUCUGCCCUGAGAGUGGUCAAUAAUCAAAUCAAAUCAAAUGUAUUUGUAUAACCCUUUUUACACGCAAGCAUGUCACAGAGGGCUUCACAUAUGCCCAUAGAACUGCCCCUCAACCAACCUAAACCCUCAAGGAAGACAAGGAAAAACUCCCAAAAAACUCUCAACAGGAGAAAAAAAAUGGAAGAAACCUUGGGAGGAGCAAUUCAGAGAGGGAUCCCCUCCUCCAGAGACGGUUGGUGGGAGAGAGGAGCAGAACACAGGCUAAACAUAGUCAUACAGUGUCGAUGGGUAUUUAAAACACCAAAAUCCAUUAUUCAACUUUAUAGAUGUAGGACAGGACCGGGAGACUCGCGACCAGGUCCAGCGUUGGCUGACCGACGACCAGGCAGGUGCUGACAACUCAAACCCCCCACACCACAAGGGAUGUGUGUGUGGGGGGACAGAGAGAGGAGAGCAGGGAUUAGACAAUGCCAGGAGCAGCUAACAGUUACAGUCAUAAUAGAAUGAGAUCCCCACCGGUCAAGUGUGGACUGGUGUAGCAAUUUAACAGAGCAAAAAAGUGGAAUUUGAUGCAACCCCACACACCAAGACAGCGACAGCCCCCCUCAUUUGGAACAUGAAAUCUGUUCCAGGGGAAGAGAACUCUAAAAUAAGUUAUACUUAAAGAAUAAGGAUGGAAACAACCCGUCCCCCGUUGCCUCCAACUAGUAACAUACUUACCUUUAACAGUCGUAGAAUUGACUAAACAAUAACGUUUUAACCUAAUUUUAAACGUCGAAACAGUAUCAGACUCCCUAAUUGAGACGGGUAGUUUAUUCCAGAGAAGAGGCGCUCUCGUCAAUAGCGGGGAGCUGUGAAUUUCUUUCUCUUUGAUUGUUGUAACACCAUUACUGCCUAACUGUCACUAUCUAUGUUUACAUUCUUGUGCCCUAUAAAAGAUGGUCCUCCAGCCUUCAGAGCUGAGAGAGACAUGAUUGAGACCUAAGCCUGGUGAUGUGUUGUCAUUUAUUGUCAGAUUUAUAGUUUUCUCUCUCAAUCUGCAUAUUGACAAUACUUAUAAAAAUCCAGAACUCAGCUGAAUUUAGUCACUCCGUUAAUGAAGGACAAAACACUUCAGUGCUCCAGUCAACUGCAGAGCAUGAGCCAGGCAUGAUCAUUGGGAUGUUCAUGGCCCGAUUCCAGUGUCUUUGUAGGCUCAAGGUCACCCCUGAAAGGCCAUGUGACAUAUACCAAUAGAAUUACAGACUAUACGGGUUAAAUCAGAGCAAGAACGGUCAAAAGUUAAAAAGUGUUAACUGUGUUAAAUUAAAUAACAUUGCAAAUGAAUGAAAUCAAUUACAAGGCAAACAUGUUACAAAAUUAAGGUUAACUCUCGAUUAGGACAAGCCAGAGCUGAGGAGAAGGUCUCAGGAGAUGAAGAAUCCAGAGAAUAAUGCUUCACAAUUCUCUUUAUACCCAAGAACAAUCAAUCACACCGCAUAUUGACUCUUACUUAUCAACAUAUGACUAGCAAUGCUACAGUAAGUUACACAAUGAGAUGUGAGAGCCAUCAAGUAGAAACUCUGUCCAGCAGCUCCAGAUUUUAGCAUAUGAGUGGUGGGGGCAAGGUGACACCCAGCCUUACACUACAGUCAGUCAAUUAUUAUGUCUUCACCUUACAGAGUGUAAUACUGUCAUAAACAACUUUCAGUGAAAAGGUGUUACAUUGUCUAAGCUAUGUCAGUACAUAAAAGUUUCAAACUUGUUCGUUGCAAACUUAUCCUGCAGUCUGACUUGGCAUGCCACUGACAGUGCACAUGGGUUAGAUGUAGUUUAUCUCACAGUGAAGGGUCAUUGGUUCCAAAUCCAUUCCACAAGUAGAUUGAUUGAAUCCUAUUUUACAACAAUACAAUGUACAAUAGAGUUGUGUUCAGUUUUCAGUAAAGGUAUGCUGCUGGCUGCACUAAACCCUGCGGUUGGCAGGUUACAUUCCUUAGUGUGUGACACCAUAGGACCUGCUCUACUGGUUUAGGGAAGAUCUGUAGGAUCUAAAACAGACAAAACACAAAACCUCUGGAGACUUCCAAAGGUGACGAAAGUCCAGGUGAGAUUAUAUACGUUGUAGCAUAAUCCAAAACAUAGACAAUGACUUUUCCACAAUCUUAACAUAGUCACUAAUACUGUUACUGUACACAGUAUGUAUUGUUACAAAAAUGACUAGUGUGAUAGUACUGAACAUGGUGAUUAUUGGAUAUUGCUUUUAAGUUUCAACUAGAAGUGUCCUCAGAGCCUGCAAAAAAAGGUUAGAACAAUUAGACACAGCGGCACAAACAAAUGGAGUAUUGACAGUUGAACUGUUCCCACAAAUUGCUUUUAUGAACAAAAGCCCUAAUAGUACAUAUAUAUUGUAUAUUUCAGAUUCUAAACAUGCUUUCAGAAAGAGCUUUCUUUAAAAAGAACUUGCUCAAAACUUCAUUUUGAAGAACAGAUGUAUUGGUUCCACGUUUCUAUCAUGGUAUUCAAUGUAUAGUACCGAACCUGUCACAGGCUUGAAAGUGAGGUACAGGGUGUAUUUGUAUAAUUAGUUAACUGGGUUAUUAUUUGGUUUGCAGUGGUGUGCUUUGUUUGGUUGCUGUGUGGUUGUUUUGCUUUUCUUUUGACAGCGGAGCUGUACCUCCGGAAUCACCAAGCCUGAUUGACAAUAAGGGAAGGGAUCAAUUGGAGCGCAAUUGGGCCUAAUUGACAAUAAGGGAAGGGACCAAUUGGAGUGCAGUUGGGGUGGGCUACCUGGCCUAUAAAACGAGGAAGUCACGGGGAAACAGGAGAGAUAGACCACCGACGAAGUCACGGAGAACCCGAUCGGGACAAUCAAGGGAACGGAGGGAGAUCUAAGGACGUGGCUAUCAGUCGGCACACCCGGACGACGCUGUGGGAACGAGACGGGAACCGAGGUAAUCAGAGGACCGAAAGACAGUGAUCCGGAUUACGGAAGGAGACCUACGGACGAGGCUACCAGUCAGCACACACGGGUGACGCUGUUAGACUGAGACAUUCUCUCUUUUAGACUUUUAGACAUUUCGAAAGCUUGUAAAUACCUUUUACUUAUUAAAAUACAAUAGUU